AUGGCUAGUGAAAGUAGUUCAGCUGUGUUAGAUACGAAUGAUGCUGAUGUGACGGACACAGAGGCCCCCAGUGUCACUGAUGAGGCAGCUGAAAGUAUACCAUUGAUUAUGGAGCAUGGAUAUGACAUAGCUGUCAAGGUAGAUGCUCCAAUGAAACAGCUGUCGACGAUGGAGACGUACGUGACGUACCGGGUGCGCUGCGUGUGCGGGCGCUGGCAGGCCCCGCCCCACGUCCGCCGCAGAUACAACCAUUUUAAAGUAUUACACAAAAGACUGGCUGCGACGCAUCCCUUCAUAGCGCCUCCAGCGCUGCCUCCGCUGCAUUCAGCGCGGCAGCAACUCGACAGAUAUUCCCCCGCCUUCGUUGCUAUACGCACGUUAGCGCUGGACGCUUUUUUAAAUAGAAUAGCAAAACAUCCCAUUUUCACGCACAGCGAAGACUUCAGGAUAUUCCUCACGACGCCUGAUGAAGAACUGGAUAAGAUAUUUAAGAGUGAAAACAGCGCGUUGAAUCUAUGGGGACUGAGCAGUGCUUUAUAUGGCAGCACAGAGAACAAACCAACCAAUGGGGCACGUGUCAAAGACCCGGAGUUCAUAGCGGCGGCGGACUAUCUGCUGUCUCUACAACAGAAGCUGACUACUCUGUGCGCGCUCACCACCAAGCUGCAUAAAGGGUGCUCCGGGUUGGCCACGGAACUCAUGAGCAUGAAGCGGACGUGUGACGCGUGGGCCACGCAGGCGGGCGGCGCCGCGGGGCGAGCCGCUGCGGCCGUGGGCGCGGGCGCGGCCGGCGCGGCGGGGGGUGCGGGGGGCGGGGCGGGGGGCGGCGCGGGGGGCGCGGGGGCGGCCGCGGGGGGCCGGCCCGCCGCGCUGCUGCCGCCGCUGGCCGCCACCGCCGCCGCACACGUCGACAAGAUACGACACAGGGACGCCGUGCACGCCGCAUACGUCGCUGGCAACAACACAGACGAACUACACAACAGAUUAGAGCAAGCAUCAGAAGCCCUACGUUCUGAACUGUCCGAUUGGAUACCAAAAACAAGGAGCGAAGUUAAAAAGUUACUACUUCAAUUGGCCGAUAGACAAGUCCAAGUCUAUACGCAGACUCUGCAAGCAUGGGAGAACGCGUUGAAACUAUCCACGGAAGCGGAUUAUGGGGAAAUAUUUAAAACGGUUUCGAGAAACGCCGUCCACAAUUUAUCACCAUCGAAAUCUGGCACGCCUAUAUUUGGUACGUCGACAACGGAAAAGGACGUCGAAGAUCUAGCGAGCAGUGACACUGAGAAGCAGGAUCUGAGUGAUAUAGAACGAGACAGGGAUCCGUUGAGGGAAUUCUCCGACGUCGACCUCUCGUCAUGAUUGUGCGAUUCGAUAUUGUUAAGUAUUUUAAAUGAGUUCUGAAUUGGAGUCAAAAUCAAUAUAUAUUUAUUCAUGU